AUGUUAUCCUACAUGCUCCCCGGUGAAGGAAAAUCUUCAUCCCCUCACCAUGUUCACCAGACGAUGUCAAAUCAGCAGAAGUCGAGGCUUCAAUUGGACUUAGAUACAAAUUCUUUGGAAUCUGCCCAGAAUUCUGCACCUAAGAUGACCCCUAUUAUCAGAACUGUCGAAGUCACAGAAACCAGAUAUAAGGAAUUGAGGCAUCCUGUUACUGGCCAAGUUUUAGAUGCCACCAGAGACCAAAAUGUCCAGGAGAUGGUUUUUAGUAACCCUCAAAUUUUAAGAGAUCGACUGGAAAAGACUAUGAUUAAACAGACUAACAGUGGACAGGUACCUUUCGAGAAAACAACUUACACCAAAACCCAAGCAUAUCCAAUCCACCAACAAUUCACCACAAACAAUAAUAACACAUCAGAAAAAUCGCCCUACAUGCAAAUUUCUGGCGUCAUAAAACACCAACCGGCUCUGUCUACGAAAAACGAAAUAAAUCGACAAUUUAUCUCAAACGAAUCGAACAAACAAAGGAUUCCAACGAACGCUACUGAUUUUCAGAAGAUAAAUAUGUCCAAUAACGAUAGUUCGAUGUCGAAUAAGUAUUUUAAUGAUAGUGGUGUCAGUACUGGUGAUGAGGAGUCUGGUAGUGCUGCAGGGGGCCCUGCAACCAGCCCUUCGGCGAGUGAUACCAGUACGCCACUGGCUCAUAAUGCUGGGAAGAAGUUGCUGCAGGGACAGGGAAAACCAGGACUUAAGAG